CAGGAUGCCAAACCUAUCUCCAAAUUAAGGCAAAAGUUGAGAAGGCAAGUUGAUACAUACCAUCUCCUUUGAGACCAUUUCCCCUGAUUCCCCAUCUUAUACUAUUAGAAUGUUGAGUGAACUGAAGCUGAGAUAAACUAGUAAGCAUUGCACUAGGAAGAGGGAUUUCUAGCAUUCUACAGGAGUCUAGGUCAGGGUCGGGGGCAGAAAAAUAAUACGUUAUGACAGCAUUGGGGUUUUGCCAGUCUGGUCUUAUUUGGCUUCCUGGCUGACUAUCGCAAAUUAAAUCUCUAAGGAUACCGAAAGCCCAGAUUUUUUAAUUCUGUUAUUUUAUGUCAAGACAGGACACAGAAGGACCAUAAACACUAAAACAAGAGUUCUUAAUACCAGUAAAAUUUGUUCAUGGUGCAUUUUUUACGUAAAGUCUUCUCUGACCCUUCUACUCCUCUGGAUUCCUCUAAGGCCACAAUACUCGCAUGGUUCUCUGUCUGAGCACAACAGUGUCAGCAGCAUGUGUUGGAGUCACAGAAGCUCGGUAUGAAAUCCUGCCUCUACCACCUGUUUCAUACCUGAUAAUAGAAUAGUCACUUAAACUCCCUUUGUCAUCCUUUUCUUAUCUCUGAAAACAGUAAAACCUAGUUUUAAGAGUUUUAAUGUUUUACUGGGAGAAGAGAUACUGUGCACAGUGUAAAUUUUCAGAUACAGAAUUGGAUGUUCAAUGUUGCCAUGCUGCUUACUAUUGUAAUUUGUUUCUCUCUUUGUAAGUCACUUGCAGACCAAAAUAUAGAUCAACAUAUUCUCAGAAUGUAAGGAAGUGAUGGGUAUUCAAUAUUAUUUUACCACUUGGUUAAAUGACGAUUGGUAGCUAUAGAUGAGUUACAGAGUUCUGUUUCAUUUCUCCUGCAGGUGACUGAAGAUGAGCCCUGAAAACUGGACUCAGGUAACAAGCUUUGUCCUACUGGGUUUCCCCAGUAACCAUCUCCUACAGUUCCUGGUGUUCCUGGGGUUAAUGGCGACGUAUAUUGUAACAGCCACAGGCAACCUGUUAAUUACUGUGCUCAGCUGGACCAACCGACGCCUGCACACACAGAUGUACUUCUUUCUGUGGAAUUUAUCCUUCCUGGAGCUGUUGCUGGUAACUGUUGUAGUUCCCAAGAUGCUUGUCGUCAUCCUGACGGGGAAUCACACCAUCUCAUUUGUCAGCUGCAUCAUCCAGUCCUACCUCUACUUCCUUCUAGGCACCACCGACUUCUUCCUCUUGGCCGUCAUGUCUCUGGAUCGUUACCUGGCAAUCUGCCGACCACUCCACUAUGAGACCCUGAUGAGUGGCCAUGUCUGUUUCCAGCUAGUGCUGGCCUCCUGGCUAGCUGGAUUCCUCUGGGUCCUUUGCCCCACUGUCCUCAUGGCCAGCCUGCCUUUCUGUGGCCCCAAUGGUAUUGACCACUUCUUCUGUGACAGCUGGCCCUUGCUCAGGCUCUCUUGUGGGGACACCCAUCUGCUGGAACAGGUGGCUUUCGUGCUUUCUACGUCAGUGUUACUGGGCUCGCUGGCUCUGACCUCAGUUUCCUAUGCCUGCAUUCUUGUCACUGUCCUUGGGGCCCCCACAGCUGCUGGGCGAAGGAAAGCAUUCUCCACUUGCGCCUCGCAUCUUACAGUGGUGAUCAUCGUCUAUGGCAGUUCCAUGUUUCUCUACAUUCGUAUGUCAGAGGCUCAGUCCAAACUGCUCAACAAAGGUGUUGCCGUCCUAAGCUGCAUCAUCACACCCCUCCUCAACCCAUUCAUCUUCACUCUCCGCAAUGACAAGGUGCAGCAAGCACUGAGAGACACCCUGGGGUGGCUCAGGCUCACUGCUGUGAGGAAACUGAGGGUCACGAGUCAAAGGAAAUGAUAAAUGGGAGAUUAAAUGCUUAUUGAAAAUGUUUUAAAUGUGCAAGAAGUUUAAAGAACAUAAGCAACAGUGUGCACUUUUCUCAGCUAAUGAACAGUCUUUGUAAAUAUACAAUAUGAAAUAUGGUGGUUAACCUUCAUUUUCCCUCCCUACAGCCUUUCUUCCUUGUGCCUCCUCCUCCCCACAUAGACGGCUGAUCCAAUUGGUCAAAUUGCUUUCAAGAUAGAAUCCCUGGAUUGGAGAACAUGUGUGAGCACGUGACGUCCAUACAGGGAGGCUCCUUCUCUUUCUCCUCAUAUGUACGCUUAAACACUUUUCUUUCUGCAUCAGUCUCCUGUGUCAUGUAGUCAAUCAGAAGAUGCUGAAAUAUGGAGAUUCAGAUUUGGAGCUCAGUGAGGAGUAAGAGGCCCUCUGAGGGCUUCCAACUAGAUUGGGUAUUGCAAAUAAAAUUAAGCAGAACCUCUGUAUUAUUAGAAAAUCCAAUUCUGGCUGCAGUAAUAAAUGAUUCUCUGAUUUGCAUUUGUUAUUGCACCUUAUAUGACUAGCGGCUCCUAUAGGAAUCUCAUAAAGGAAGAAUGUUAAGACCAGUUAAAUAUUUGGAUAGCCCUCAUUCCCAAGUCAAACUCUACUAACAGACUUCAAAUAUGGCAACACUCAUUUAAUCAUUCCUUUAAGAAAUAUUAUUAGACAUCGAGUAUGUUUCAGGCACUGUCCCAGGCAAUGCUCCAACUAGGUUGAGCCAAGGGAGAUGUCUACAGAACAAAUUUUAAAGAGACAUGCACUUUGAG